AUGGCAGGCAGCGGGCCCGGUGCCGCCUGUGUGCUGGGCAUAGACCUGGGCACCACGUCCGUUAAGGCUGCCCUGGUUGUAGGGGGAGAGCAGGGACCUGUGGUGGCCGAGAGCUGCUCCAGGGAGACACAGGCGCAAACGGGCAGCCCGGGCGCAGGACCGCAGGGCAUGGAGCAGAAUGUCAGAAAGAUAAUAAGAGCACUGAAUGAAUGCCUUGCUGCUCUACCCCAGCAACAACUUCAAAGAGUCAGACACAUUGGUAUUUCAGGACAAAUGCAUGGGAUUGUGUUUUGGAAAAGAGAUAAAGGUUGUAAAUGGACAGAGAGUGAAACUGGCCCAACCUUUGAGCCCGAGGAGGUCAGUAAUCUGGUCACUUGGCAAGACGGCCGCUGCAGCCCUGACUUCCUCUCUUCUCUUCCUCAGCCACAGUCACAUAUCAGCUUGGCUAAAGGAUUUGGAUGUGCCACAGUCUUCUGGUAUUUAAAAAACAGUCCAGAUUUUCUGAAGUCUUAUGAUGCAGCUGGCACUAUCCAUGACUAUGUGGUUGCCAUGUUGUGUGACCUGAAGAAGCCACUGAUGUCUGACCAGAAUGCUGCCAGCUGGGGAUAUUUUAAUUCCAGAAGCAAAAGCUGGAAUACUGACAUCUUGAAAAAGUCCAGCUUUCCUGUUCACUUGCUUCCAGAGGUGCGAGACCCUGGUACUAUUGCAGGCAGAACAAUCUAUGCCUGGCAUGGAAUACCCAAGGGAGCAGAAGUUGGAAUUGCCCUGGGAGAUUUUCAGUGCUCUGUUUAUUCUUGUCUGACUGAGAAGACUGAUGCAGUUCUCAAUAUUGGCACCUCAGCUCAGCUGACCAUUUCUAUGCCCCCGGGAUUCCAGCCUCCAGAGACACCUGAGCCUUCCUCAGCUGUUACUUAUUAUCCCUACUUCAGUGGUAACUACUUGGCAGUGGCAGCAUCGCUCAACGGCGGCAAUGUGCUAGCCAUGUUUGUGGACAUGGUGGCCCAGUGGAUAGCAGAGCUGGGCCUUGAGAUUCAGGAGACUACGAUCUAUUCCAAGAUAAUCAAAGCAGCCUUGACCCAAAACAACAGCAAACUCUCAAUCCACCCAACAGUAUUUGGAGAGAGGCACAUGCCUGAGCAGUUGGCUUCGGUGACUAAUAUCUCUGUCUCUGAUGUCUCUCUGGGUCACGUAACAAGAGCUCUGUGCCGUGGGAUCAUUGAAAAUCUUAAUUCCAUGCUGCCCUCUGAGUGCCUGAUGGAGAUGGGUGUGAGGAGGAUUUUGGGAACUGGGAGUGCCCUUGCCAGGAAUGAGGUGCUAAGACAGGAAGCAGAAAGGAUUUUCCUCUUCCCUGUGGUUUACGGGAAGGAUGUUGAUGCUGCUGUAGGGGCUGCCAUGGUGAUGUUCCACAGAAAAUAAAGUCAUUGUUCGGAAUGGCCUGA